AUGUUUAGGAUAUGCCCAAAAUCUAUGCAUUUUGCUAGACCAAAUGUACGAAGGCCGGGUUUUUGUGUUCACGGACAUGUCGCAAUGGCCAUUCGGCAUUACAAAGUCCUAGCUAUAGAGACCAGUUGUGACGAUACUUGUGUAGCUGUUCUGGAUCGUAGGGAGAACGGAGCAGCGCCCCAAAUUUUGACACAUUUAAAAGAAACAUUGGACAGUCAAAGGGACGGUGGCAUAAUUCCGACUCGCGCCCAUCUGCAUCAUCAACGAACAAUAGGUCCGCUAGUAAAUCGAGCACUGCAGGAGACAAAAUCCCGAGACGAUAUCGAGCUCAUAUGCGUUACGAGAGGUCCUGGGAUGCCGGGUUCCUUGUCGGGCGGGCUGGAUUUCGCCAAAGGUCUUGCUGUAGCGUGGAACAAACCCUUAGUGGGAGUCCAUCACAUGCUGGGUCACUUACUAAUUCCUCGAAUGCAGUCUAACGGAGCAGCCCCAAGUUUCCCGUUCGUAAGUCUUCUUGUCAGUGGUGGCCACACUCUCGUAGUGCUCUCCAGGUCUUUGGGCCAGCAUGAAAUACUUUGCGACACAAUAGAUAUUGCAGUUGGCGACUCUUUGGAUAAAUGCGCCAGAGAGAUCGGCAUUCGCGGUAAUAUGAUUGCAAAAAAUAUGGAGUCUUUCAUCAACGAAAAUCUAGAUGAAGCGACAAGUGGAGCAUCUCCCAUGAAUCUUCCCAGUCCACUACGAAAUCAGAACGGGCGCAUGAACGUACAAAAGUUUUCGUUUGCUCCUUUCCUUACUGCUGUUAGACAGCAUCUCGAAAGGGACCUUCAUUCUUACAGCGAGCGGGAAAGACGUUCGAUGGCCUUUCAAAUUCAAGAAUCAUUGUUUGACCAUUUGAUUACCAAACUCAGAUUAGUCAUUACCAUGCAACCAGAUAUUUUCAGCCAAGUUAAGCACUUAGUUUGCUCUGGGGGAGUGGGUGCCAAUAAACGACUCCAGGAGAAGUUGCAGACAGAAUUUAGCGAUUUCUUUGACUCAUUCUACUAUCCUGAAUUAGAGUUGUGUACCGACAACGCUGUGAUGAUAGGCUGGGCAGGAAUCGAGAUAAAUGAAAAUCUAGGCCUUACAACAGAAUUGGGGGUAAGUCCCGUCAAAAAAUGGCCGCUAACUGAAUUGUUGACCGUGGAGGGGUGGAUUUGCAGAUAA